AUGGCGUCCAAAACAAGGCCUGCAAGUGAAAAUUGUCUUAGAAAGAUAUCAAAACCGGUUAUUAGCACGGAUGUUAUGGGAAAUAGAAAUGUUGAAAUAAGGGCCGUUGGUGCUUGGGUUCAACCAGCCGUUUCUGUACAUUCAGAAGGCGUUAAUGCAGCCUAUGAAGAGGAUGCAAGAAUUAAAAAAAUACAACAUGAAAAAGAAGCGAGAUUGCAAAAGUUUAAAGAUGAUGUUAAAAACAGAGUAAGAUUAAUGGAAAAAGCAAGAAAACAGCAAGAAAUUGAAAAGAGUUACAGAGCUGUGGAACAUGAAAGAAAAAUUGUUCGUCAGAGUGCAUUUUCAAAGGAAAACACACUUCCAAGGAAAGAUAACUGUAUUGUACAGAAGAACCAUGCCUUGACGAUCAAACAGCGAAAUACAUCAUUAUCCUUUGCUGAGGAACAUAGGGAUUCUACAAGUAAAGCUUUUCAAGAUCAGACAAACCAGAUACAUAAAUUCACAACACAAGCUCGUAAAAAACUCAGUUCCAAGCAGGUGAUAACAGAGGAUUUCAUUCCUGAUGAUCUACCAGGUGGUGUCUGGAAAGUCUCUAGGACGAGAGAUCAUCCAUCCUCACGAUACACCAUGGAACCAACUGUCAUUGAAUUAGAUGAUGAAGAUGAAAAUGAGAUUGACAUGUUGAAAAUACAAAUAGAUCAGCCAAAAAUUGUCAUUCCUACAGGAAGUCAAGAUUUGGAUGACAAUGUAGAAAAAAUGCAGAAGAUGAAAAUGGUCCACUUUGAUUUGGAACCAAGCAAAGAUGAAUCGAGACAGGAGAGAAUUGCAAGAAAAACAAUCACAACAAUAAGUGGUACACAAAUCAACAGAAAUAUACCACAUGUGCCAAACAUUUACAUGGGCGUGCAGUCAGAAGAAGAAAAGCAACGUCUCAAAAGUCAACAAGCAACCUAUAGACGUUUGUUUAUGGACAUCGAGAGGGAACAAGUCAAAGAGAAUCUGAAACGCAAGGAACACAGGAAACGCAUUCAGAAAUUGAAGAAGGAAAAGGAAGAAGAGAGACGAGAAGAAGAGGAGAAGUCACGUCGUUUUGUUGAGCCUCGGGACCCCAUCACAGGAGAAACAUCACUCCAGGCCUUGACACGUGAAAUAGAAGAGCAAGAGCAAGUGAAGGAAACAAUUCGCAAGAAUCAACUCAGAAUGAAAAAGCUCCGUGAGAUGGAAAGGUUUGUGGAGGCGCUUAGAGCACAGCUUCGAGAGAAGAUUGAACUAAAAGGGAUCCAGUUACCUCCCCUUUGUUGCUGCGGCAACACAGUGUGGGAUACUAAUCCAGAAACAUGUGCAAACAACUGUGUAUUCUACAAAAACCCCAGAGGUUUUGCCAAAGCACUGCAGUCAUUGCUGAUUUCUUGUGAUGUAUCCUGAUAAGGGGACUUGGUCCUGCCUAGUCAAAGAUCACUAUUUCAGCAUUCAUCAUGUAAAACUGAAUUACAGUGUAUCACAUCAAAAUGGAUGGAUGUAACAUUUUGUACCAAUAAGUUGAAGGGAAUACCUGUUCACUUGGAACAUACAAGUAGACAGACCGCAUCUUGUAGCAAGUUAUUAUGGAAGUGAUAGGCUAUCAAUGAUGUGUGGUGAAGUCUGAUGUUCAUUACAGAAUGAAUUCAUCCUAACAGGCAGUACUGAAAAAAAAUGAAUGCAAGUCAAGACACCUGGCCUGAAGAUGCUACAGAAAGCUUGUGCAGGUCACAUGAUUCUUUUCCUUCUUUAAAGCUUUCUGUACUGAACCUAUAGCUUACAUCUAGUUUCUCCCAAAACCGGAGACCUGUAGUAUUUUUAUAUUUCCUAAGGAAAGGAACAGAAUUUCGAUAUCUUGUACAAGAUCAGAGAAACUCCAGACAGAAUUCCACAGAAUGAAUGCAUUCACAAGUUUUUUUUGGUGGAAGAUAAGUCUGUCUAUGGCAGUCACUGCACAUCUAAGAGGAAAGUGAUCUGUGAUGUAUACUGUACAACAGCAUUGACUUUGCAAAUUGUAUUUGAUAAUGGACAAAUACCAGUUGCAAUGUGAAAAGAAGUGAUCAAAAUUAAUGUUAUUUUAGAAUUUGAUGCACAUAUAUAAUUGAUUUAUCCAGCAAUAGGCCCAGAGGUAAAACACAACUAUACACUUAUGUAAUAGGCAAGGAUUAUUACAAGACAAUAAGCUCAUAUGGCCAUCACACAUUAACUCACUUAUAUCAGGGGCUAGGCUUAUUAUAGGAAAAUAAUACAAGGGGCCAACACCUAUCUACUCACUAAUGAAAGGGGCAGGGCUCAUUUCAAGACAAUAACCCCAGGGGACAAACACACAUUUACACACUUAUGUCAGGAACUUGGCUUAUUACAUGACAAUAAGUCAAAGGGGCAAACACACAACUCUCACUUAUGUUAGGAACAGGGCUUAUUACAGGGUAAUGAGAUAUGUUGGUGGACUUUUAACAAGACACAGACUUAUUGUCAGGUAAAUAUGGUCGAUAUUAAUGAAUUAUUCUUAGUAUAAAUUGUAGCCAUUUUUCAUUUGAAAAAUUGUAUUUAGUAAUAAUUUAAUUAGUUUCAGGUUUUGUUAAUGUAUGUAAGUAUAAAGGCUAUUCCCAUUGUUAAUUUAAAGAUUUAGUCAGACCCAUAGUGUUAAAUUUUGUAUUCAUGGUUUCAGUCAAUAGUGAAGGAGAGAGAAUGUAUGAAACAGUUAGUCAUGAUUAGGUUAUGAUCAGGGUGGGUACGAGAUUGAAAGUUGUUUGAGGGACUCAACUCUUUCCCUGCUGCAAGCCAAACCACCUUGUCUGAUGAAAAAUAUACACAAUUUGUGAAGGAUGAUGGCCCUUAUGACCUUUUAUGUGUUGCCAGGCCGUUAAGAAUAUGAUAAUAAUAAUAACAACAGUCUCUGACAUUUUUCUGUUUAUUUUUUAAUCAGUUUUUAUUUUGGCAUCACAUUUUAAAACAAUUUUGAAAUUCUUUUUAGUCAUAAAUAAAACAUGAUUUCAGAAAUUUUAAUGAAUGCACUGUGUUACAUAUUUGUAAUACUGUAUUUUUAUGCUCACACCAAUAAAUGACCAAGGUCAUAUAGCUUUGACCAUGGACCUGUCCACAUUAUCACCCUGCUAAUUGCUUUAGGAUAUUAAUUUUUCUAAUGGAGGUUACUUUGAUGUCAUGACCAUGAUGUUUUAAAAUGCCAUCUUAGAAAGAGAAAAAUAUAUCUUUCAGAUAUGUUUUAAAUCUAAGUGUUUGAUCCAAAAUAUAGAAGCUGAAAUUUGGUUUUGUUUUCCUUAAGGUGAGAGCUUGCACAUUUCAAAAGUGCUCCCUAUUUUCAAAGGAGUUUGUUUAAUCAAAAGACAAAAUCAUUACACAUCAGAAAUACAUGUAUAGAAAUCAAACAGAAAUGUCAAAAGGUAAUUCAGUGAAGAAACAAAUUGAAACAACACUCUGGUACCGGUCACAAAUUAUCUUUUUUAACAAAUUGGCUGCUCUAUAGACAAAUUCAUGUCAUGAACUUUUAUAUGUUCAUAAACCAAAGUAGUCUAAAUUAUUCAAAUGCUCCAUCAAUGUUUUGGUAUUAGUUUGGUGUUGUUUACUCUUCGCUGCUACACUGUUAUAAAUAAAUGUUGAUAAAAUGUCAGAAUAAUUCAGAUUACAGGUAAUAUUUAAUUGUGAAUCCAUGGGAAAGCUGUGACUGUUAGACAAAAGAUAAAGACUAGGAAUGAAUGAGUGAUGUCAGAAUGAGUUCUAAGUGACAGGGGAUAUUAAUAUUGCUUUAUGUUUUGUUUUAUAAUGUCAUUAUUUAAAAUUCUCAUCAAUUGUAAUAGAUAUUUAUAAUAUCAAGCCUUGUAUGCUGUUGUAUUUAUAUAUAUG